UCCGUUAUGAGGUCACCGUGGGGGACUGAACUGAGGGUGAAGGCAAUGAAAAGCUCGGCACUAGAGAGCGAUAAACAUGAGACGGAGGGACAUGAAAUAUGUGAAAGCAGGAAGCGUUUUAUUUAAACAGGUUUAGUUAAGUAAGCCCAAGCCAGCAACUUAAUUAUAGGACUGAUCUUUCUUUGAGUUGACGGGGGAAAAGUCGCAUAUUGACUGUGGCGCUCCGAGCGCGCUGAACAGGAAGAAAUUCCCUAGCUUGCAAAAAAAAAAAAAAAAAAAAAAAAACCAGAGAAAAAAAGACGCAUGAGGGCAGAAAAGAAAGUUUUGCGUGGUGGAAACAAUCAGGAGCUAUUAAACUUUGCUUGCUAAUACCAGCGGUGCACGAAUCAUUCGCUUUAUUUUUACCGUGGGAUAAGGUGCCGAUUUUAUAUCGCUUUCUGUCUUUAAAAAAUCGUCAUUUUUGGGGGCAUACAACAUCAACAAAAGUUUUACGAACGGAAAAUCUAAAGCCAUACUUAACAAAAGCAGACAUUCUUUUGGAACUGUACACCUUCCGUAUCUACUUGGAUCGCUGGGUUUUUGUUCUUGCUGUUUUAACUGCUGUAGAAGAUUAUUAUUUUCUCCAAAUACUGUUUGGGGGCUUGGGGGCGGGUUGGAUAUAUUUUUCUCUUUCCUACAUGGCCUCUUCCAGGAUGUACUUUCUUACGAAAUGUAUUGUGAUCUCCCAACUUAUUAUCCUUGUAGCGAAGAGCAGCCAGGCGCUUUUGUGUCUGCCGUGCGAUGAGUCAAAAUGUGAGGAGCCGAAACAUUGCUCUGGUAGCAUGGUGCUGGGAAUCUGCGGCUGCUGUUCCGUCUGUGCCAAGCAGAAGAACGAGAACUGCGGUGGCGUUUUCGGUUUGUACGGGACCUGCGACCGGGGGCUUCGGUGCGUCAUUAGACCACCUCUGAACGGCGGCUCCAUCACCCAGUAUGAGGUCGGGGUUUGUGAAGAUGAAAACUGGGAUGACGACCAGCUUUUGGGAUUUGAACCUUGCAACGAAAACCUAAUUACCGGUUGCAACAUCAUUGAUGGGAAGUGUGAAUGCGACAGCCUGCGGACGUGCAACAACCCCUUUGAGUUCCAGAGCCAAGAUGCCUGCCACGCCGCCUUAAAGAAAAUCGAAGAGGAGAGGCCGGACUGCUCGAAGGCGCGCUGCGAGGUGCAGUUCUCGCCCCGCUGCCCCGAGGACUCGGUGCUGAUCGAGGGCUACGCACCGCCGGGGGAGUGCUGCCCGCUGCCCAGCCGCUGCGUCUGCAGCCCCGCCGGCUGCCUGCGCAAAGUGUGCCAGCCCGGCUACCUCAACAUCCUGGUCUCCAAGGGCUCGGGGAAGCCUGGCGAAUGCUGCGACCUCUACGAGUGCAAGCCGGUCUUCAGCGUGGACUGUAGUACAGUGGAGUGUCCGUCGGUCCAACAGGUGCAGUGUCCCCCCGAUAGCUAUGAGACCCAGGUUCGUCUCACGGCAGACGGCUGUUGCACCUUACCGACCAGGUGUGAGUGUUUACCUGGCCUGUGCGGCCUCCCUCAGUGCUCUGCAGGAAGUGUACCCCGCAUUAUCUUCCAUGGUGAUGGUUCCCCUGGAAGAUGCUGUGAUAUGUUUGAAUGCUUCAAUGAGAGCAAGCCCGCCUGCACCUUUAACGGCGCGGAGUACCGCGAGGGGGACAUGUUCCGGAUGGACACCUGCCGCUUCUGCCGGUGCCAGGGGGGCGUGUCCGUCUGUUUCUCUGCGCAGUGCGGCACGCUGAACUGCGAGCACUACUACGUGCCCGAGGGAGAGUGCUGCCCUGUCUGUGAAGAUCCCAUCUACCCUGUGCUGAAUUUUGCCGGUUGCUACGUGAACGGCCAGAUCCUGGCGCACGGGGACCACUGGCGGGAGGAUGACUGCACCUUCUGCCAGUGCGUGAGCGGGGAGGCGCGCUGCGUCGCGGCCGCGUGCGGGCACAGCUGCAUCAACCCGGUGACGGUGCCCGGAGAAUGUUGCCCUGUGUGCGAAGAGCCCACCUACAUUACUAUGGCGCCCCCUGCCUGUGGCUCUUUGGAAAACUGCAGCCUGACGGAGAAGGACUGUUUCUACGGUUUCCAGAGAGACCGGAACGACUGCCGCAUCUGCCAAUGCAAAACACGAGAAGAGCUGUGUAAAGGGUUGAUCCAAGGCUGCACCCUCGACUGUCCGUUCGGAUACCAGAUCGACGCUCACGGCUGCGAUGUGUGCCGGUGUAGGCCCCGGCCCAAGAAGUGCAAACCGGUGUCGUGCGACAAGGAGUGUCCCUUCGGAUUCAUAAAGAACAAACAUGGCUGCGAUGUCUGUCGAUGCAAGAAGUGUCCGGAACUGCCAUGUGAGAAGACUUGUCCAAUCGGCUUCCAGCAGGAUGAGCUUGGCUGUCUCAUCUGUCAGUGCAAAGACCACAGCGCUUCCUCUGUGGCUCCCGCAAUGAAGCAGGGCUCCUGCCUCUCCAUGGAUGGGCGUCGCCAUGAGAACGGGGAGAGCUGGCAUGAUGGCUGCCGGGAGUGUUACUGCCACAACACCCGGGAGAUGUGUGCCCUGAUCUCCUGCCCUGUGCCCGUCUGUGCCAGCCCCACCAUUCGGCCUGGCCAGUGCUGCCCGUCAUGCCCAGACGACCCCACCACCCACCGAACGGAGCUGAGCGACUCGUCGGUGUGCCUCGCCCCUGGCGGGGCGUACUACGUGGAGGGCGAGACCUGGAGCAUGGACUCCUGCACCCAGUGCGCCUGCCACAGCGGCCGGGUGCUGUGCGAGACCGAGGUGUGCCCGCCCCUGCUCUGCCAGAGCCCAAUCAGGACCCAGGACUCCUGCUGCCCUCACUGCUCAGAAGAGCCUCUCACCCCGCAGUCACCCGGUAACGACAGCAUGCCCAGCUACUGCAGGAAUGAGGAGGGCGACAUUUUCCUGGCAGCAGAGUCCUGGAAACCCAACACUUGCUCCAGCUGCGUCUGCCUCGACGGAAAGAUCCGGUGCUUCUCCGAGUCCUGCCCACUGGUCGGUUGUGUCCGGCCAGUCCUGCGCAAGGGACAGUGUUGCCCCUACUGUCUGGAGGAUACCGCAGCAAGGGCAGUGUGUCAUUUCAAUGGGAAGACGUACGCUGAUGAAGAACGCUGGGACAUCGACAGCUGCACCCACUGCUACUGCCUGCAGGGCCAGACGCUCUGCUCCACAGUGAGCUGCCCCGCCCUGUCCUGCCAUGAGCCAAUCAACGUCGAGGGCAGCUGCUGCCCCAUGUGCUCAGAGAUGUACGUCCCUACGAACGUACCGAUCGAAAAGACGGACCAGCGCCGGGACCCGGGGAUGCGCAGGCCCGGUUGGCCCACACCGAGUGAAAAUGACAUCAUGCCCCAGUUCAGAGGUGAAUUCGGAAGCCUGCAGAUGCCCUACCUGGACAGCAAGACACUAGCAUCCCGCGAGGAUGGCACUUUCCACACAGUGGCAUGGGUGGCCCUGCCAAUCCUUAUGAUAGCGAUCACUAUUGCCACCCUGCUGGUCAUUAAUCAGAAGAAGCAGUGGCUCACAGUGCCCUGCUACCGCACCCCCACAAAGCAGCCCACCUGUCUGAAUAACCAGCUGGUGUACGUGGACUGCCAGAAGGGGAUGAAAGUGCAAGUGGACAGCUCCCAGCGCAUGCUCCGCAUCGCCGACCCCGACUCGCGCUACAGCGGAUACUACAGCAUGCAGAAACAGAGCAACCUGCAGGCGGACAACUUUUACCAGACUGCGUGAGGCGGGGCGGCGUCGGGGGGGCAG